UUCUUUUUUCUUGUUGGUAAAUUAACUAAAGAGUAAUCAAAUCGAUCGAGAGAUAAAAACUAGAAAGAAAGAAGAAAUGGGUCGGAUUCCAUGUUGUGAAAAGGAGAAUGUGAAGAGAGGACAAUGGACUCCUGAAGAAGACAACAAAUUGGCUUCUUAUAUUGCUCAACAUGGUACUCGUAAUUGGCGUCUCAUCCCUAAGAACGCUGGGUUGCAAAGAUGCGGGAAGAGUUGUAGGCUGCGAUGGACGAACUAUUUGCGUCCGGAUUUGAAACACGGCCAGUUCUCGGAGACUGAAGAACAUAUCAUUGUCAAGUUUCACUCUGUUCUUGGUAACCGGUGGUCGCUGAUUGCGGCGCAACUUCCUGGUCGAACGGACAACGAUGUGAAAAACUAUUGGAACACGAAGCUGAAGAAGAAGUUGUCUGGAAUGGGAAUAGAUCCAGUGACCCACAAGCCUUUCUCGCAUCUAAUGGCAGAGAUCACCACUACACUUAAUCCUCCUCAGGUUUCUCACCUCGCCGAAGCUGCUCUCGGCUGUUUCAAGGACGAGAUGCUUCACUUGCUUACCAAGAAACGUGUUGACCUAAACCAAAUCAACUUCUCAAACCAUAUCCCUAACCCUAACCCAAACAACUUUAACCAGAUUUCUGAUAAUGAAGCUGGUAAGAUAAAGAUGGAUGGUUUGGACCAUGGGAAUGGGAUAAUGAAGUUAUGGGACAUGGGUAAUGGAUUCUCGUAUGGAUCCUCUUCGUCGUCGUUUGGAAAUGAAGAAAGGAAUGAUGGAUCGGCGUCUCCUGCCGUUGCAGCUUGGAGAGGUCACGGAGGGAUACGUACGGCGGUGGCUGAAACCGCGGCGGCGGAGGAAGAGGAGAGGAGGAAGCUGAAGGGAGAAGUGGUUGAUCAAGAGGAGAUUGGAUCUGAAGGAGGAAGAGGAGAUGGAAUGAUGAUGAUGAUGAGGAACCAUCAUCAUCAACAACAACAACAUGUGUUUAAUGUGGAUAAUGUCUUGUGGGAUUUACAAGCUGAUGAUCUCAUCAAUCAUAUGGUUUGAUUUUUAUUCGGUUUAAAGUUUGUUUUUUUUCUUUAAGAUUUCAUUGUUUGGGUUUUCAUAUUGGAUCACAUUUGGUAGUUAAACAUUUGGUUAUGACUUAUGAUUAAUUAGGUGCUUUCUGUUUUCAGAGAUUAAUAAGUUUUGCAUUGUAAAGCAUUUAAUAAUGAAGAAAUGUAAAUAAAGAGCUUUUAUUAUU